AUGGAUGAUGCCAAUCCCAAUCCCGUUCCCGAUCCCGUUCCAGUUCCCAAUCCCGAUCCCGUUACCGUUCCCAAAACCGUUCCCGAUGCAAUUCGAGCGGCGGCGGUCCCGCCGCGGGGCAUCCGCGCCUGGCUGCGGAGCGCCUUCCGCUUCGCCACCGACCGCAACGACUUCCGCAGGAACCUGCUGCUGAACCUGGGGCUGUUUGCCGCCGGGGUGUGGGUGGCCCGGAACCUGACCGACAUCGACCUGAUGGCCCCGCAGCCCGUCCCGUAGCCCGGAAGGAGCUGGAGCUGCUGGGAGCAGAGCUCAGAUCCCGCCAGGACUGGAGCUGUGGAGCUGCUCUGACCCCUCUGGAGCUGCCCUGAUCCCUCUGGAUCUGUUCACAUCCCUCUGGAGCUGCCCUGAUCCCUCUGGAUCUGUUCACAUCCCUCUGUAGCUGCUCAGAUCCCCCUGGAGCUGCUCAGACCCCGCUUGGAGCAGAUCUGGUCCCUCUGGAUCUGCUCACAUCCCCCUGGAGCUGCUCUGGUGCCCUGUCCUGCCAGCAGCAGUGACAAGGACAAAAGGUUGAAUGCUGAGAGGAAGAAUUGGUUUCCCAUUCUUUCUUUGACUCAUUCCUUUGGGAAUUGUUUCCUCGAGGAUGUGCAUGGAAUUUCCUCCUGUACCCCCCACCCCCAGAUGUUUAUUAAAUUUUAUGGAAUAACAACACAA